CGGAGUGGCGGCGGGAACCGGGUUCGCGGCUGCGGCCCCGCGGAACCGGCCCCGUCGCCGGUGGGGGGGGCGGUUGCGGGAGCCCAGUGCCGCCUCCGCGGCUCGCGGGGGGUUCCGCGGGACCGGCGGCAGCGCAGCGCCGUGCUGCCGGUGCGGCGGUUACCGCCCGCGCGGCUGAAUGGGGCCCCAGGCGCGGGCAGCGUCCCGGGGCCGGGACUCGGGGCCCGUGUUCGGCGGGGUCGCUCCCGAGAUCAUCGAGGACGCGCUGAUCCGCCUGGCCACGGAGAACGAGCGGCACCUGAGCGAGCUGCCGGGCCGGGCCGGGUUCUUCAAGGAGACGCGGAUCAAUUUAUAUUCCUUUUGUCUGAAAAAUGGCACUUGGACCACUCCGCAAGGUACCAAGCAGUGGAGUUACUUGAAAGCAGAAGAGAUCUGUUUUCUGAGCAGUUGUGGGUUUUGUAGGUUUAUGAUCAAGCAAGUAGAACAAAUCUGUAAGUCCUCCAGAGGGAACCAUGAACAAGGACAAGGGAGCAGCUGGAGCUCUCUGAGCAAUCAGAUAUAUGACACGUUUGUCCUGCGACUUGUGUCGUGCGUUCAGCUUGCAAGCAAAGUUUCCUUACACUAUAAUAUAGUUAACAGUGACAUGGCUUUAAAAUUUCUGCAAUCCUUAAAGUACUGCUACACUAAGCAGGAAUUGCUUGAGUCGGAGCUUGCAGUUCUAAAAACUCUGCACUUCCAGAUCAACGUGUCAACUCCUUUGGCUUACGUGGAAUUGCUUCUAGAGGUUUUAGGACACAACGGCUGCUUGCUUCCUGCAAAACCAUUACAUCAGAUGUGUAUGCAACUAUUAGACUUCUCCUAUCUUACAAGAGAUACCAUCUACAACACUUUGUUGAAGAUUGCCAUCGAAAAUUCAACACCAAGCAAACUGCAGGUAGCAAAGUUUUUGACAGUAAAGGAAGAUUUCAUGCUCCUGGCUGUUGGAAUCAUCAGUACAAGUGUGUUCGUACUAAACCCUGAGCACUGGAAGCAGGUUGUGGAGCAUUUAAACUCUAUCACUGGUAUUACUUCACAAAGUAUCUUAGAACUUUCUUACGCAGUACUGAAACACAUCAUUGGCAGUACCACUCCAAAGCAGCACUAUAGGAACUGUGGAACAAAAGCUCCAGAGAACAGAAUUCUACCUCUUAAAUAGAACCAUCUUCU